GCGCCCGGGGUCCUGUGGAGCGGCCGUAGAGGGUGCCGCCGCCCUAGGCGAGGUCGGGCCGCCCAGCGCGGAAGAACCGCCCCCAGCAGCAGCAGCACCACCGCCUAGCAAAGAAUUUCAGGCCCCGCCCGGGACGGCAGCCGCACCAUGGAUUCUUCUAGUUCAUCCAACUCUUGUUUCUCCGUCGGCUCCGCCAGUCCCGGCGCUGUCGUGCUCCUCUACUCGAAGGAGCUCAAAAAAUGGGAUGAAUUUGAAGACAUUUUAGAGGAGAGGAGGCAUGUCAGUGACUUGAAAUUUGCGAUGAAGUGUUACACACCUCUUGUCUAUAAGGGAAUUACUCCUUGCAAGCCAAGUGAUAUUAAAUCUAGUGUUCUCAGUUCCGAAGAGGUUCAUUAUGUCAUUAAACAGCUUUCCAAGGAAUCCCUUCAAUCCGUCGAUGUCCUCCGAGAGGAAGUCUGUGAGAUUUUGGAUGAGAUGAGCCACAAACUGCGUCUGGGAGCCAUCCGGUUUUUUGCCUUUGCCCUGAGCAAAAUAUUUAAACAAAUUUUCUCAAAAGUGUGCGUAAAUGAAGAAGGUAUUCAGAAACUACAACGAGCCAUCCAGGAGCACCCAGUCGUCCUGCUGCCCAGUCAUCGAAGUUACAUUGACUUUCUGAUGUUGUCUUUUCUCUUAUACAACUAUGAUUUACCGGUGCCUGUCAUAGCCGCGGGAAUGGACUUCCUGGGAAUGAAGAUGGUCGGGGAGCUGCUGCGGAUGUCGGGCGCCUUCUUCAUGCGGCGCACCUUUGGUGGCAAUAAACUCUACUGGGCGGUGUUCUCUGAAUACGUGAAAACCAUGUUGCGGAAUGGUUAUGCUCCUGUUGAAUUUUUCCUCGAAGGGACAAGAAGUCGCUCUGCCAAGACAUUGACUCCGAAAUUUGGUCUUUUGAAUAUUGUGAUGGAACCAUUUUUUAAAAGAGAAGUUUUUGAUACCUACCUUGUUCCAAUCAGCAUCAGUUAUGAUAAAGUAUUGGAAGAAAUGCUUUACGUGUACGAGCUUCUAGGGGUUCCAAAGCCAAAAGAAUCUACAACUGGAUUGUUGAAAGCCAGGAAGAUCCUCUCUGAAAAUUUUGGAAAUAUCCAUGUGUACUUUGGAGACCCUGUAUCACUUCGAUCUCUGGCAGCUGGGAGGAUGAGUCGGAGCCCAUAUAAUUUGGUUCCAAGGUAUAUUCCUCAGAAGCAGCCGGAGGACGUGCACGCCUUCGUCACGGAAGUGGCCUAUAAGAUGCAGCUGCUGCAGAUCCAGAACCUGGUCCUGAGCCCCUGGGCCCUGACGGCCGCCGUUCUGCUCCAGAACCGGCCGGCCAUGGACUUCGACGCCCUAGUGGAGAAGACUUUAUGGCUCAAAGGCUUAACCCAGGCCUUCGGGGGCUUUCUCACUUGGCCUGAUAAUGAGCCUGCUGAGGAAGUUAUCCAGUCCAACAUUCUCCUGCAUUCCAACAUCGCUAGCCUCGUCAAAGACCAGGUGGUUCUGAAUAUGGACUCUGGAGACUCCGAAGUGGUCGAUGGACUUAUUUUCCAGCAUAUCACCCUCCUCAUGUGCUCGGCCUACAGGAACCAGUUGCUCAACAUUUUCGUCCGCCCUUCCUUAGUAGCUAUGGCACUGCAGAUGACCCCCGGGUUCCGGAAAGAGGAUGUCUACAGUUGCUUUCACUUCCUGCUCAGUGUUUUUUCAGAUGAGUUCAUCUUCCUUCCAGGAAACACACUAAAGGACUUUGAAGAAGGCUGUUACCUCCUCUGUAAAAACGAGACGAUACAAGUGACGACAAGAGACAUCCUAGUUACAGAGAAAGGAAAUACCGUGUUAGAAUUUUUAAUAGGUCUCUUUAAACCUUUUGUGGAAUGUUAUCAGAUAAUUUGCAAAUACCUCCUGAACGAAGAAGACUACUUCACUGAGAAACAGUACUUGGCUGGAGUCCGAAAGUUUGCGGGUCAGCUUCUGGAUCAAGGUGCCUCGCAGUGUUACGAUGUCUUGUCCUGCGACGUGCAGAAAAAUGCCUUAGCAGCUUUUGUGAGGCUAGGUGUGGUGGAGAAGAAGAAAGUAAAUAGUGACACUGUAUUUAAUGUGAACGAACCUGCCAUGACAAAAUUAGAAGAAAUGCUUGGUAAGUACAGUUCAGGGACCCGUGAUGGGUUUUCACAUUGUAUUUAUCACCAUCCAGUAAGACGAGAAAGUAGACUAUGGCACCGGAUACUUUAUCAAAAUGAACAAGUUUUAAUACAAACAGAAUUAUUUAUAUCAUCUAGGUUUUUCUCAAGGGAAGUAAGGAGAAAGUGCAGAGGAAACACAACAGGCAGAACAUGGUCGAUCUUCUGCAACAUAACUGUCAGCAUCUACCAUAACUAAUGAGGGUCUGAGAUCUGGACCCCUCACAUCCCAUCUCAGUGGACAUGGAGAAAAUACCUCUUGUCUGAGCCCUUGGAUUUAUUCUCCUCCUCUCUGCUCUUGGAUCCCUUCUUUGCCUGGCAAAGGGUUGGGAUCAGUGUUCACAGCAUAUAGACUUCCUGAACUCAGAAUUGGAGCUGAUAGCGUAUCCUUAGGAGAAUAAUCCGACCCUUACUCUUCUCCAGACGCCAUCAGCUUAUCAAUAGGUAGUUCAGUCCAGAAAGGCAAGGUCAUCUGUUUGCAGUACGAAGAGAGAGUCAAGAGUGUGGAUGUAAGGAAAGAGAUCGAAGAGGUCAGAGGAAUUAGCGAACAUUUCUCUUAGGAAUGAUGGGGUAGUUUUGGAACGGGAGGGUGUCAGUAUUUGAAAAAAAAAAAAUACUGUCUGCUGAUUGUAUUGAAUAAGCACAACAUUGUUGAAUGGAUAUUCUUGUAAGUAGUAUUCUUGUACCUAAACCUAAUCCAGUACGUUUGUUAAGCCUGCGUGAAGAGCUUCAGGUCGACGUCUGGUGGGAUGAGGGGAAAACGAAUGGUAAAGCAGAAUGGCUGAAGAAAAAGGGUAGAAGGCAAAGAAAUGGUUGACAUCAGUGGGGAAGAUGGAAAUACUAAUUUCUUGCUGAAGAAAAUAUGAAGGUUGAAAUCUCCGUCUUCUGUUUGUAUUGUGUCUGAAAUCUGAGAAUAUGUACCCUUGAAACUCGAUUUUGAGUUUGGUGAGAGGAGCAUCUAGCUUUGAAACAACCUCCAAAGCCCUCAUUCUGUGAGGAUGACAGAAUUGAUUUCUUAAUCACAGGUGGCAGAUAUGACAUGGGUAUGAAUGUGCUAGAACAUACUAGAACGAAAGUCCCGAAGGCAAACUGUUCUGAUUCUGGCUCUGCCCCUGGCUGUAGGGUGGUGGGUGGGGGCCGCUGCUGCUUCCCCCGCAGAGGGGCAGGUGUUCUCCCUCGGUGCUCAGUCAGCCUCUGGAACCACGAGGCUUAAACAGCUUUGUGAGGAAGGGCAAACUCAAG